CGAUAAAUGUCAGUCAGCUGUCAAACAAAGUGAGUUCUGAAAUUACAAAACACAAAAUUACCAAAAUGUCUAAUUCAGUGGCAUUAUAUAUUUGCCUGUUAGAUUGCUGAAUGAAAAUAUUUGGUCUUUGUGAUUGCUAUGUAUGUGCGAUUCAUCACCAAUAAACAAAAUAUAUUUACUGACUGACCUGCAAACUAAGAAUUUAUGAAAAUUUCUUAACAUCAUGUAUUCAUUCGAGGGAGACUUUAGGCGAAAACCCCAACAAAAUUUAGCAGGUGCAAGCGCGGCACGAAAGACCGAUAGAGACUCUUUGAUUCAACAAACACAGUUACAAAGACAAAAACGAGAGGAACACCGAAAACGUUUAAACAGUGUUAUAAAAAUUCAAGCAUAUUUUAGAAGCUACUUAACCAGAAAAAAAUGUAAACAAGUAGAAAGGGACCAAUUUGAUGAUAUGUUUCCUAGAAUUAAUGUAGAAGAUCAAACAACAAUCUCAGCACUGUUAGCAAAAAUAUUUUUCUUCUAUGAUGACAAAGCUGAUGUUUCUAGAUUGGUAUCAAUAUCACAAUUGUUGUUAAAACAAUGGAAAAAGGUCUUCCACAACAGUGGCUCUAGUAUACAGAUAAGAAGAUUACUAGCAUUACAUUUGCGACUAUUGAAGUAUAACACAGAGGUGCCUUUAGCAGUUCCACUCAGAAUGUUUGAAGUAUUCACAUCCACUAGUACAGUAGAAGCAGCAAUGAACUGUGAUGAGGCACUGAGAUUUGUUGCCAAUACAUUCUUGUAUUUAAUUAAAAGAGGCUAUUUCAUGGAUCUGUGUAAAUUAAUAUGUGAAAAGACCCCACCAAUGUAUGGUCCAUCACCAAACCCACCCACCCCAUUAAGCGGAGCACUUUUAGAGUUAAUUCAGCGCCCUCUGUCACUGAUCCUGCGAGUGAACAUUCCUCAGUAUGAAGAUACAGUAACAACAGAGUUUACUGCGGCAUUUUUGUGCAAUCCGUAUCCAGAACCAGUAGAAAUGUUUAUAUUACCAUCUCUAGCACAGGAUACCACAAAGAAACUAUCAUUCUUAGCAUUAAUAAAGUGUUUACAAGACGACAACAAAUAUCAUAGUAAAAAGAUUAUAAACGAUUCUUGGUUAUUGCAUUCGGUUUUGGUUUUAGAGCCAAAGCAAUUUAUAAGUGAAAUAAAAAAUAUUGACAAUACAAGAUUGCCAAGCAAUAGAAUAGUAAUAGAAUACCUUAAGGUAAUAGCUAGAUUGACUGAGAAUGUGUGCAACAAACAAAUCACCUACGAAUUUGAAGACUCACUGUACAGUCAAGAAACUGCAGCGGACAAAGAUGAUGAAAGUGACAGCGAAACCGAACCGAAUCCCACCUCUAUUCGUGAACAGAUGCUGCUGACGCGGUGUAUUGAAUUAUUGAAUGAUCCAGAAAGAUGCAUUAUGGUCACCAUAUCUCAAAUAACAGAUAAUGAUUUAAGUGAAGAAUUUUUAGAGUACAUGUCUGAGAUCUGUCACAAUUUGCUUUUGAGUCAUCGUAUGGCUUUGCAUAAGUACAGGUUAUUGUAUACGCUAGCAUUUAAACCGAUAUUCUUACGAGGUCUAUGGCGCUGGUUGAGUAAUAUGAACCACGCUUCCUCGUUCGGUGGUUCGUCCACGUCUCUCCUGUCUGCGUUGUCCCGCGGUAUGGGUGCCGAAACUUCUGUGAUAGGUGUUCAUAGACUACUGGCACCUUUGGCUGUCUUCUGCGCCUUGUUCUCGCUAUUAAUCGGAACCUUACACGAUACGGAGUUCUGCAAAGAUAUGGACGAUGAUGAGAAAAUGAGCGUGUUGAACGCCGGCGGUGGGGGUGGCAGGAUUCACGCGUUUGAGUUCUCGGAACUUGGCGGUCUCUGCAGAACGUUACGCCAAGUCUGUCUCGGUCUCAUAGAACUGGCCUACCCUGAGUCGAGGCUCACUGCCUGUGGACUGUACAAAGAUGCUGUGGGUUACACUGACGUCGAAAUGUCUGGCAAGAAUAGGACGCCAGCGUGGUCACAUCUAUUUAAAGUGUGCACGCACCUGCUGCGUGCGCUGUACGUGCGCGACUCGCGGCUGCAGUUCUGCGGCAGCGCGGCGUGGCCGGUGGAGGGCGCCAUCCCCGAGGGGGGCGGGGCCGCGCUCGUCACGCACGCUGUGCACUCGCGACCCUUCCCCACGCAUCUGCGGCAGCUGAACCUCUCGCAAGAAGAGGGCCCGCCGCUGACAAUCAAGGAGCUGAGAACAGUCACGAUACUCAAAGAAAUACCAUUCGUGGUGCCGUUCUCAACGCGAGUCCUGAUAUUCCAAGCGCUACUCGCAAAAGAAAAACACGACAAUUGGUAUGAGAUGACUAAUUUCAGUGAAGGUCCGUUUAUAAACAUUAGCGUCCGACGCACGCAUUUGUAUGAAGACGCUUUCGACAAACUCAGUCCCGAUAAUGAACCAAAUAUGAAAUUAAAGUUACGAGUACAACUGAUCAAUCAAGCCGGCGCCGAAGAGGCUGGCGUCGACGGUGGAGGCCUAUUCCGAGAAUUCAUAUCCGAAUUACUUAAAUCAGCGUUUGAUCCAAACAGAGGGUUGUUUCGUUUAACGAAAGAUAAUAUGCUGUACCCGAAUCCUGGCGUUAACUUGUUGUACGAUGAUUUUCCCAUGCACUAUUACUUCGUCGGCAGGAUGCUUGGAAAGGCACUGUACGAAAAUUUACUGGUAGAACUUCCACUAGCGGAGUUUUUCCUCGCCAAGCUGUGCUCGUCUCGGGAGCCGGACGUUCACGCCUUGGCCUCUUUGGAUCCAGGCUUGUACCGGGGGCUAUUGAUGCUGAAGUCUCAUCGAAGGCAAGACGUUCCGGAGCUGGGACUCGACUUCACGAUACUCAGCGAUGAACUGGGCGAGCAAAGGAUAGAUGAACUGAAACCCGGCGGUGCCAACAUUCCAGUGACCGCUGAAAAUAGGAUAGAAUAUAUUCAUCUAGUCGCCGAUUAUAAAUUGAACAGACAAAUAAGGUCUCAGUGCAUCGCGUUCAAGCGCGGGCUGGCGUCGGUCGUGAACGCGGACUGGCUGCGGAUGUUCUCGUGCCGGGAGCUGCAGCUGCUGGUGUCGGGCGCCGAGGUGCCCAUCGACGUGCGCGACCUCCGACAACACACGCUCUACUCCGGAGGCUUUUCGGAUUCGCAUCCCACCGUGCAGUGCUUCUGGAAGGUGGUCGAGAACCUCACGGAUGACCAGAGACGACAGCUGCUGAAAUUCGUCACGAGCUGUUCGCGGCCUCCCUUGUUGGGUUUUAAGGACCUGCAGCCCCCGUUCUGCAUACAGUCUGCGGGUGCGUCGGAUCGACUCCCGUCGUCGUCGACCUGCAUGAACCUGCUGAAGCUGCCGGAGUUCCACAGCGAGGAGCAGCUCGCGGAGAAGUUACUGUACGCGAUACAGGCCGGGGCCGGAUUCGAGCUCAGCUAAAAAUACAAUACCGGCGUUGGAACAAUACCUAUUUAUUUAGUGCAUUAAACUUGUAAAUGAAGUUGACAGUUUUUUUUUUCACUAAUUAACAAUACGAAAUGUACCUCGAUGUGAUAUUGUGUAUAUUAUUGACCGCGGUGAUUCCCUUCAUUUUUAUGAACGAGUGAAAAUCUAAUGGAUAUCUUUACGUGUUGUAUACAAGUUUAUUUAGUAAAUUACUAUUGUACACAAGAAACUAGGUAACAGAUCUUCGAAUGAUUAGUUUUGGUUUUGUUUGGCAAUGUUUGGCAAUGGAUAGACGGGCUGAAGAAUUUUAAUAUUCUAACGCUGUACUUGAAACUGGAACUUGCUAAGUUUGCAAAUCUGUUUAUAUACAGGGUGUGUGCCGUUACAGAAAAUGAAAACAGAGGAAGUUGUUUUAGACGCGAUAGUACUAAGAAAAGUUUUUGUACUAUCUUUAUACACCCUGUAUGCACACUAAACACGAGAGAUCGCAGAUUCUAAACUGGACGACUUUUUGUUAUGUUACCUCUUCGUUUAUCACAGAUGAUAGUUUGUUGGCAAUGUUUUAACAUAACUAGUAUUCGUCCAGUGCUAGAAAUUUGACAAAAAUCACUAAGUAACACAUCUCGAGGUGUUACUUAUGAAGAAAAAAAGUGGUUGUGUUUUCUUAGAGGGCAAUGUUAUGUAAUAAAAAUAACUUUCCUCACUAAUGCUAUGUUUUUCAAACUUUUAUUUCCUCUUUUCGAUGAUAAAUAAUAUCUUUUUGUCAUAAUAAUAGUUUAAAAUUGAGAAACACAAGAAAAAUACUAAUUAAAAAAUGUGGGUAGUUUUUUAUUUUUCUAAACAUUAAUUAUACCAUCAAAAUCUGACUUCAGUUCACAUUUUUCGCUUUGUUAUAUGUGUGUGUUAAAUGUAUCAAAAACCGCGCGCACCGUAAACCUACCCUUCGUUUCAUUUUAUGUAUUACAUUUUUCUCUUUUGUUUUAUUAGUGACAUGUUUCCUAAAACUUUACGAGCAACAAUUUCCUAUUUGCUACUAUCCAAGAAAAUCUAUUAACGAGCAGAGGAGAAGUAACUCAACUGUUUUUCACUUUUACUUAUCUCUAGAUGUAUAAAUGAGUCAUAAUUGCGUAUGUCCGUCUUCCAAUAUAAUAAAAAUUCACCAUAAUAUUGUGAAUCUUUUUGUACAUUAUUCAUGCAUAGUAAUUAUAAUAAUAUUUUAAAGUUGGCUAUAAGUUUCAUGGAAGUGUGCGCAAUGCGAGCAUCUAGCUAUCUCUCUCGCACGCCCGCACACGAAUGGCGGUGACGUCAUAACUCACAACGUGCAAUAAUCCCCGCUAUAAGAUGUGAACAGUCUCUAGCUUGCUCGUUUCCGUAUAGCCUUAUGAAGAUAUGGACCACUAAAAUGUUUGUUUAAAUUUAAAUUAGAUUUGUCUUCAUACAUACUGACGCUUGAAAGGCAAACGUGACUAAGCGACAAUAACUGCUUUGUACAUAAAUGAUAGGCAAUAACCAUAUUCGAAUCGCAAAAAAAAAAUAUUUCUGGGUCUAUUAAAAUCAUUUCAAUCCUACAUCUAGAUUCGUUAAAAUAUAAUUUUUUUCAGGUAUUACAACUUUAAAUUAUAAUAGUCUACUGUAAAGUUCACGCAUUGUCGCUUAGUCACGUUUGCCUUUCAAGCGUCGAUACGUAUUUAUUACUGUUUUUUAUAAUGAUCUUAGAAUCACACGUAUAAGCUAAGUUACAGUGUUAGAUUGAGAAACUUGAAUUCAGUUUUAGUAAUUUGUAUGAUUUAACUUGUCAGCUGUCGAAAUGUAUUUUUAAGUUUUGUAAAUAAUUUGUCUGCCCCCCCCUAUGAAUAUUAAGAACAUAUUGAGAGUUAUUGUGAGGGAUAAAAUGUUUUGUUAAUUUUAGAUGAUUUAAUUUCGGUAUCGAUAUUACGGUAGGCGUUAAUCGUAGUAGAUAUCUGUUCCCUAAUUCUGAUGUUAGUGCAAUGUAUUGUAUUUUUAAUAGUUGUAAAUAAAAUAUCGAAUUUAUCAUUAUGUAAAAAAGUUAGGUCUACGGAGGUUCUGUUAAAAAGAAAUAGUUAAUGUUCUUAGUGAAUUGUGUUUUUGAAUCGACUUGAAACUAGUUGCGACUGGGUGAAUUAAUAAUUUAUUCGAUUUGAAGCCCCGUUAGCGCUGAUGUUCAGAUGUGUCAAAUUCGGGAUUUUAUACCCUAUAUUUUAGUACCUACGUAAUAAAGUCUAUGAUGAACUGAAA